GGCUCCGGGAAGGUCACGCGCCCGCCGUUCCGCCACCCUCCCGCCCAGCCACCGACGGACACUCCCGCUCCGCCUUCCACACCCACCUCCAAGUGACAUCUGGACGGACGGACUGGCGGCGGCGCCGGACGCGGGAUCCCGCGGGGGACGAGGACAAGGAGGAGGAGCAGCAGGAGCAGCGGAGGCGGCCUCCCUCCCUCCUGCCGGGGGCCACCCGCCCCGACAGGUGAGGGGGCUCCCGGACCCAGCCGGACCGCAGCGGCCCCUGCAGGCUAUUACAAAUUUAUUUUUAAAAAAAUAAAAUAUACUGGCAUGUAUGAGCCAUCAGAAUUUCUAGGAGAAAACCAGCAUCUUUAAUUUUUAAAGAAAAUAUAUGAAGAGUUUACAAAAUGGAGAAUGAGAAGGAAAACCAUUUCUUUGAGCCACAUAAAAGGAUAUUGAUAAAAACUCCACAGAAGGAGCCAGCUACUCCAAAUUCAGUACUAGCAGAGAUCCAGCCUGAUUUUGGACCAUUAACAACACCCACAAAGCCUAAGGAAAUCUCUCCAGGUGAACCAUGGACGCCAACAGCGAACCUUAAAAUGUUGAUCAGUGCUGCUAGUCCUGAAAUCCGAAACAGAGAUCAGAAAAGAGGAUUGUCUGACAAUAGGAGUGGAAUCCUUGAGGCCAAAGAUUGUUUACAUGAACAUUUAUCUGGAGAUGAAUAUGAGAAAUCUCAACCAAGUCGUAAAGAAAAAAGUUUAGGAUUAUUGUGUCAUAAAUUCUUAGCACGAUAUCCCAACUACCCUAAUCCUGCUGUGAAUAAUGACAUUUGUCUUGAUGAAGUAGCUGAAGAGCUCAAUGUUGAGCGUAGACGCAUUUAUGAUAUUGUAAAUGUCCUAGAAAGUUUGCAUAUGGUCAGUCGGCUGGCAAAGAACAGAUAUACUUGGCAUGGGCGUCAUAACCUCAACAAAACCCUUGGAACUUUGAAAAACGUUGGUAUGGAGAACAAAUAUGCGGAACAAAUCAUGAUGAUCAAGAAGAGAGAGUAUGAACAAGAGUUUGACAUGAACGGUGACAAAAAUGAAGAGGCUGCAGGGAAACCCAGCUCCGGACAAAAUGGACAUUCUGACAUGUGCUUUGUGGAACUUCCCGGAGUGGAAUUUCGAGCAGCCUCUGUAAAUAGCCGAAAAGACAAGUCUUUAAGAGUGAUGAGCCAGAAAUUUGUGAUGCUGUUUCUGGUAUCAACCCCUCAGAUAGUAAGCCUUGAAGUUGCCGCCAAAAUUUUAAUUGGUGAGGACCAUGUAGAAGAUUUGGAUAAAAGCAAGUUUAAAACUAAAAUUAGGAGGCUGUAUGAUAUAGCAAAUGUUCUGAGUAGUCUGGAGCUUAUCAAGAAAGUUCACGUUACAGAGGAAAGAGGCCGAAAACCAGCUUUUAAAUGGACAGGGCCAGAAAUCUGUCCAAAUUCCACAGUUCUGAGCCCAGUAACUUCUUUUGACUCAUCUGAUUUGGAGCCACCUCAGUCUUCUAAAGAACAGUGUGCUAAAAAUCUCUUCUCUAACACUGGGAAACCAAACUUUACCCGGCAUCCAUCUCUAAUAAAAUUAGUAAAGAGUAUCGAAAAUGACCGGAGAAAGAUAAGUUCUGCUCCCAGUAGCCCCAUCAAGACCAAUAAAGCUGAGAGUUCCCUGAAGUCAGCACCCUUCCCAAGUAAAAUGGCUCAACUUGCAGCUAUUUGCAAAAUGCAAUUAGAAGAACAAUCAAGUGAACAAAAAAAGAAGGUGAAGAUGCAAUUGACAAGACCUACAAUGCAUGGUCAAUCUCUUGACUUCAUAGCAAAUCCUGAGCCUAAUCGAAAUGUGUCCUCCUCUCAGACGCCAUCUCUCAUUCAACCACUAGGUGUCCUGCCUCUGAUCCACAGCCCAUUAUCCUCGGCAGUGCCUGUAAUUGUACCUCAUGCCCAUUCGGGUGCCUCAUAUGCAAUCUAUCUGCAUCCCUCCCAGGCCCAAACUGUGACACCCCAAAACCUAAGUUCCACCGUACACACUGUUCCCUGUACUAAUGUAACUGCAAUGAAAGGUUCUACCGAUAAUCCUAAUUCACAAAUCUUAACUACGAAAUUGACCACAGAAAAAGUCACCAGUGAUGUGGUUAAGGCUGAUGUCACCACUAAGCCUGGGAAAGUGUUGCCCACCUCCGAAGGACCAACCUCAAAGAACGAAGAGAGAGAACCAACUGCCGAAAGAUGUUUGAAGAGACAGAAUGUGCCGGAGGACAACAGUUCCAAAAAGAAGCUUAAAGAGGAUCUGAAGGGACUUGAAAAUGUCCCCGCAACCUUGUUCCCAUCAGGAUACCUUAUUCCUCUCACACAGUGCCCAUCGCUUGGUACAGAGAACAUUUUGUCUCAUAAAGAAAACGCAGGUUCUUGUUCUCCAAAUAACAGGAUCUACAACUCACCAAUUACAGGUGUCAUUCCUGUGACAACAUCUGACCUCACCGCUGUGAAUUUUCCCACUUUCCA